AUGGGUCAUUGCCCAUGUUUUGGGUUUAGAAAGAAGGCCAAUAGAGGAGAGAAGCUCAAGUUUCAACAAGAGGAACAUAGCAAAGUUAUCGAGAAGAAACUCCAUUCUCCACACAAUGUUUCUGCUGAAAAACCUUCAGGACUAUUAACACCUGAGGCAACUUUUGCAACAAAGGAGAUUGACCAUUCUAAUAACAAGGCUCAUAUAUUUACCUUCCGAGAGCUUGCAACAGCAACAAAAAAUUUUAGGGAUGAAACAUUUAUUGGGCAAGGUGGAUUUGGAACUGUUUACAAAGGAAAGCUAGGUAAACUAAAUCAGGUUGUAGCUGUAAAACGACUUGAUACAAGUGGUGCCCAAGGGGAGAAAGAAUUCUUAGUGGAGGUUCUGAUGUUGUCUCUUUUACGUCAUCCAAACCUUGUUAAUUUGAUUGGUUACUGUGCUGAAGGUGAUCAACGUCUUCUUGUCUACGAUUACAUGCCUAUGGGAUCCUUAGAAUCUCGUCUCCAUGAUCUGCCACAUGAUAAAGAAGCUCUUGAUUGGAAUACAAGAAUGAAGAUAGCAACAGGGGCAGCAAAAGGAAUAAAUUAUCUACACAAUGAAGCAAAACCAUCGGUUAUAUACAGGGAUCUAAAAUCAUCAAACAUACUUUUAGACAAGGGGUUUGUUCCAAAACUUUCUGAUUUUGGGCUUGCAAAAUUUGGGCCAACCGGAGACCAAUCAUAUGUUGACACGAGGGUGAUGGGAACACAUGGUUAUUGUGCCCCUGAAUAUGCCACAAGUGGGAAAUUAACCAGGAGAUCUGACAUAUAUAGUUUUGGGGUUUUGUUGUUAGAGCUUAUAACUGGACGCAGAGCUUAUGAUGAGAAUCGUGGCCAUGACAAGCAUCUUGUUGAUUGGAGAAGAGCCACGUCAACGGCCGGACGCGGCGGACAUAGUGAUCGCUCUCGAUUUCUUGUCUUCCAAGCAAUACGUUCAGAGAGUACCUAUCGAUUUUGAUGAGAAAGACAAAUAUACCAAUGACUCUCCAAAAGCAAUAAUGACAGUUUUGACUAAAGAUGUUCAAAGAGAGGAAGCUGUUGCAGAAGCCAAACU